CUUGAACUCUGUGUCAGGCUACAACUUACAUUUAUAAUCUCAUUUUUUUUCCCUCUGUAGUCCAGAAAAACUUGCCUUACUGAUGACUAUACAAAUAGUCACCAUGGUUGACAGAGAGUUUUUAUUGUGAUGUGGCUACGCUGAUGUUCCCAAUGGAAAGUACAGCAUUUGUGUCCAGCCCAUGAGGUUGGUAAUGUCAUUCCUGUUUUACAGAUGAGGAAACUGAUGCUCAGAGGGGAGAAGUGUCUUGCCCAAAGUGAGCCUGCCAGGAGUAGUGGAGCUGGGACUGGCCUCCAAAGCUCUGGGCCUACUCUGGUUGUGCCUACUCUGGUUGUCUAGUCCCUAGCUCUCCUCUGGGUCAGGGGCAGAGAGGGCAGAGCUGAGCUUGAGCAUAACAAAUCAUAUGCUCCUCGUGGGAUGUUGUACAGAUCAGAGGCCUCAUCGUGCUCUUCAUCAAGCUCUUGGCAUAAGGAUUGUUGUGUUCAGUUGUGAUUAUUGAAUUGUUGGACUUCAACUAUCUUUCUCCCCUGGGAAGCUGAUCCUGGAAAGCCAGAGGCCCUGAUGGCAAGCAGAUUGGAAAGAGGAAAUUGACAUUUAUUCAGCACCUACUGGUAUUGGAAAUAUUAGAGAUUAGGGGGGAGUGCCUCAGUUCGUACCCCCAAGGAACACCAUCUGGUAGACAAGUAGCAAUACAAGUGGCAGAGUCUGGAAUGGGGCUUUUGGUAAUUCUGUUUGGGGUGGCAGGCCUUCUGGGAAGGCUUCUCAGAGGAGGUGACACCUGGAAGGGACAUUAGUUUACUGGGCUUAGGGGGAAAGGAGGGAAAGGAGAGAGAGAUACCCAGGGCUCUUAUUGGAGUGCUGGGUGUGUUGUACGCAGAUUUGGUUUAAUCUCCAUACUCCCAUAUGGAAGGACGCUCAGUUAUUUAUAGAGGAGGAGCAGAUGAUCAGAGAGGUUGAGUCACACUGUCAGGAAACAGCAGAGCUAGGAAUUGAAGCUAGGUCUAUGCCUUAGAACUGGGACUCGUACGCUGCGCUCAGGGACACCGCAGAGGGGGGAGGGCUGAAGACCACCCCCACCCCCAAUCCCCACUGGGGUUGUCCACGCUGGGGGAGGGGAGAACCCUAGGUAGGAGCAGUCAGAGAGCAGGAGCCCAGGAAACGCAGCGACCAGAGUGGAGUCGAGGAAAGUGCUUCUGUCACCAGAGGAGGCCGUGGCUUUGACCCUUUAGGGCUCCCCUCAGGUGCGCAGCCUGACUCCUCCUGGCUUGUGGGAGCAGUCAGAAGCAUUCCCUGACACCACUGCGAAUGUGGGCGGGGCAAAGACAGAGCGGCGAGGGAGGGGCCGGUCUGGGUCCCGACCCCAGCCAUUGUGUCGGAUGGGGGGCUAGAAGGCAUUGCGAGCCAAUCAGGACGUAGCAUGUAAAUGAGCAAGCGGGGAAGGUGGGGGCGACUCCAGAGCCCGGUGUCGCCGCCCUGGAGAGGGCGCAGACUACAUUGACUGGCACCGAGCGAGGCGCGGACUCUGGUGAGCAGGUCUGCUCUGGGCCAGGGGCAGACGCCAGGGAGUUUUGGGUCUAGGAGGAGGGAGGGUCGGACACACUCAGGCCCAGAGAUGGUCGGAGACAGCAUGCGGACGUCCUUGGGGACCCCACCCCCGACGACUCUGGACACGGACGGUGCGCAGACGCCCAGGGGACGCCGAGCAGCGGAAGGGCCCGACGCGUGAAGGACGUGGGGUGAGGGGAGCGAGGGACCCGCGGACCCCGGGACCGCUGACGCAGUGGCUGACAGACGAAGGGAGAGUUGGACUCACGGAGGCCUAGGGAGACCCUCACGCCAUCUCCCCGCCCGGCGCAGAGAGGCAUCAGUGGCUGCGCUGCGGAACCCGAGAGGAGGAGGAUAGCCGGCCGGUGCAUCCUCACCAUGACCAGCUGCCGCCACCAUUCCGGAUACUUGGCAGACGACGAGGCCGGCCACACCACCUACGUGGCCCGGGUAAGUCCGCCUAAGAAGCCACUGUUCCCGGAAAUGGGGCAAGCCUCCAAGUUGGGCCACAUGCCGCACCCACCAUCGAGGUACACCCCCACAGACAGCUUAAGGCUCCGUGGCCACCGACGAAACCCAAGGGACCCUCGGCCCUUUGGUAGCUUCCUGGAUUUCCUCGUCGAGGGUCAGGUGCUAGACAGCCUACAGACGGUGGUGGAAGAGGCAACUGAGCGCAUGACCACUAUGAAGACAGAGGCUGGGGUGCCACUGGUGGAGGUGCAGGACCCGAUAGAGGUGCCAAGGGGUGGGCGGCGGGUGCGCGCCCGGCCCAGCCUCAGUACCGCGCACAGGCACCGGGCCCGGCCCAGCCUCUGCACUGGGUGGCCCAACAACUACCCAUCCUCCUCCAGUUCCACAUCUGACUCCCAUAGCAGCUUCACAGCUGGCUGGCUGGGCUCCCACGGCCAGGACAGUGACCUGGGCACCCGUGGCAAGGGCUCACUGCCAUCCAUGAGGGACAGGCUUUUGCUGGAGAAGAACCUCAAACGGCUGCUGAAGCUGGAGAACAGAGGGAAAGGCCUGGGUCAGUCCUGCUUCCGGAGGGACUCCCUGCUGUGGGACUCACUGGGCAGCCAGGCCAGCAGCCAGUGGACCCAGACCCAGGAGCCACCUCUGUCCUGGUUCUCAGGCCUGCUGGACUCAAGUACAGGGACACCGCAAACAUCAGAGCCCGGGCCUGGAGAACAGGAACUGACCUUCCUCAAGCGAGGGUUUGAUAAGGAGAUCAAGUCCUUGUUGAGCCAGCCAGCGUCCUUUGACCUGCCUGGCUACUGUUCAUUCCGUGAGCCCUAUCAGACCCUGGACUUCCUGGCUGAGCACCACCUCUUCCCCGCCCUGCAGAGUGUGGUCCGCCAGGCUGUGGACAAGCUCAGUGGAGCCUGCCGCCAUGAUGGCUGCCCUCUCUUCCCAUCAGAAUGGGAGCCCCCAACAGAGCCCAAUUCUGACUCCACAACAGGCUCCAAGCCAGCCACACCCACCGACGGGGAGGAGCCCUACGAUGUGCUUCCCACCCAAGUCUCCAGCUCCAAGAUGAUUCCAAGAAAGAGCACCAAGGGCAGAGGACGGGCCCAGCCCAAGGAAGGUGGUUCCCCUGUGUCUAGUACCCAAGUGGCCACCAGAUUCAGGAUCGAGGUGACACCCACAGAAGAACCCAAGGUUCCCUCACCCCACCCCAGACAGGAGGCUCCUGACCAGGACCCUGAAGUACAGAGACCACACAUACCUUCUUCUGGGCCCCUGAGCUCCAGCCAGAAGGCCCAUCCCUGGUGGAGCAUGCACCCCACCCUGCCUGCCCCUAGGAUCGUGGUGGAAGGGUCCUCCAGCCAGACCCAGCCCACCACCCGGGGCAUAGCUCCUCUCACCUCCCCCUGCCCUGGCUUCUCCCACCACCUUCCUGUGCUCUCGCCACUUGCCUCCUCGGUAAGAAGCUUCUCCCCAUCUCCUGUUUCACUGUACCCAGACAAGACCUCAAGGGUGGGGCUAGGAAGCUUAAGGAAAGAUCUGCAUGGGAAAGGCUCCUUCAACUACCACCUUUAGCAACCACUGUCCCAGGUAUCUUGCCCUGCGCAGUGGAAACCACCUGAGCAGGUGACAAGCUGAUGGGGAGCAGAAAUCCUGGCCUAGCUACUGCCAGGUGUGGUCAAAGAUGAAUAAAGCCUAUUUUUUAUCCUGGGUAUUUUUGUAAUGUUUGCAUGUGAAUCUCAGAGGCCCUUCUAUGUGGGCAGCGUCCUGUCCCUUGUGGACAGCAGCCUAAGCCAGAGUGGGGCUCUGCAUCCUAGGUCCAGCUCCCUCUGCUUCCACUACCUAGGCCAGGACUCUCCAGUGUGUCUGCUGAGAGGGAGUUACUCAGGAAGGGUAUGGAGAAGACAAAGGUGGCUUCACCCUGGUAGGUCCCCACCACAGCCCCUGACUCUCGUCUCACCCAUC